CGGUACGGUGCGGUUAAUUCUAUUGCGUCUUACAAACGGUCCGUUCAACAAUGUUCAGACCGGAAAGUCACGGGCUUAGUCCGGACUUCCGGCUAACAAAGUUCUCUACUCUCCGAGGGUGAGGUUCGAAAGUUCCUCAAGACGUCCUAAACCGACUUCUUGCAGGAGUGUACGCAGAACAAUUAGGUGAUAAGGAUGUGAAGGAGAAGAACGUUCCGGAGGACGGUGUUGGAAUAGGAUUGGAUUCAUCUGUAAUAGCGCUCAAACAUGACCUCUUUUUGGUACAAUCGGUCGAUUUCUUCUACCCACUUAUCGACGAUCCGUUCAUGCUGGGAAAGAUUGCGCUGGCCAAUGUGGUCAGCGACGUGUUUGCCGUUGGUGCGACGGAAAUCGAUCAAAUAAAACUGAUCGUUACCGCCCCGACCGAGUUCACCGAAAAGGAGCGGGAGGUGGUAGUACCAAUGGUGAUGAAAGGAUUUUUGGAAGCUGCCAAGGAAUGCAAAGCACCGGUCAAGAUUGGCAGUAUUGCGGAAAACCCUUGGUGCAUUAUUGGCGGUGCUGCUUCGGCUGUCUGUCAUCGGUCGGAACUGAUAAUGCCAUACAAUGCAACAGAAGGGGAUGCGAUCGUUUUAACCAAACCGCUCGGAACACAGUUGGCCACGAAUGCUUAUAUCUGGAUGAACGAAAAGUCUGAAAACUGGACUCGACUACAGGAACGGUUCAGUGUGGCCGAUAUUGAAGAAACGUACCGUAUCGCAUUAGAGUCGAUGGCACGGCUUAACAAAACGGGAGCGGAAUUAAUGCGCAAACACAACGCACACGCAGCCACAGACGUCACGGGGUUCGGCAUCUACGGACAUGCAGAAAACUUGGCAUCGUUCCAGAAAGCCGAAGUAGAUUUCCAUCUCAACACACUGCCCAUCAUCAAGAACGUGCGAGAAAUAGCAGAAAUUCUCGGCCGUAGCACAAAACUACUGGCUGGUAAAGCGGUAGAAACGAGCGGAGGGUUGCUAAUAUGUUUGCCAAGCACGAACGCGGCAGCAUUCUGUGAGGAGUACAAACAUUGUACCGCACACGAGGCGUGGAUUGUGGGGUGUGUUGCAAAAGGGAACAGAGGUGUACAGAUGAGUCCAAAUCUUAAGAUUCUAACCGUGGAAGAAUCGUAAUAUCAAACGGACCACAAUGAACGAGCAGAUGGCAUCAAGUGUAUGAAACGAAUUUCGGAAAGGCUGCAAAUGCUGGGAAAUUUGUGGAAGUUUUCUUGAACCAUCAGCCACGAAAGUUGUGUUCUGAUUGAUUGCGAUAAACCUUUUCGAACGAGUGAUUUUAUAAAUGUAUCAUAUUACAUCCGUUAAGGAUAAAACUCUAUAUUUUGAUGCUUUGAUAAUUCGGUGAUUGUCGGUUAACCCACUAGAAACAGAUUAGGAAUUUAGUGUUCUAUUCUGGCAAAUUGUACUUGUGGAAAAUGUCCAGCCUGUAUUUGCAUUUGUAAACUGGUACAACAUCAAGAACUAAAUAUGGAAAGGAAUAAAAUUCCUAGUUUAUUGUAAC